CAAUGGAUCCAGAUAGAUCUCUCGCAGUUAUACCCCGAACAAAAAAUGGUCGCUUAGUUGCAUGCGAACCAUGCCAGCGCCGGAAAUAUGCCUGCGAUCGCGCCUUUCCAACAUGUCAGCGGUGCCAGCGAAGUCGGACAAAGACACCUUGUAGAUAUCUCAACCAAACUUCGCAGAAUCGCCAAACGUCGGCCAUCCAUUCUGGCAACUCAACCAUAAUCUUUCCCCGCUUGGCGCAAAAUCGUUCUACGUUCACUAAAGAUCCAUUACAUGCAUUAAAUCUUCAGGUCACCGCCGAAUCAACCCAAACCGAGUUGAGUUUCAGUAUCUACGAAGUCAACACCUGCCUUGACACUACCAAGAUUGCUCCUGAACGCCAAGUUCUUAAUAGCCAGCAUUAUGGGCACGCUUCUUCGGGGCCAAGCGCCAAAGACUUGCAAGUGGCUUUGGACUUUUUGGCCAGCUUACCAAGUCCUGACGCCGAACACAUACUUGCUAAGCCUCAUAUUAAUCCGUUUGACGGAUGGAUUCCAUUAUCCACGACAAGAUUGCUGGUCGAGCUAAGAAAUGCUUUUCCUUAUGCAUUUUUGCAAGAGAGGAAUGAGAAACAUCUCGAGGCCGUCGCAUUGACCAUUUUCUCAAAUACAACACAAAAAUUCCCGGACAGCCAGUGGGAUCGACCUGAAGAGUGGUAUACAAGCUUUUCUGGCCCAAAUACCAGAUGGGAAUUGAUUGGGCUGCUCUUCAGCAGCUGGGCACUGAGCGCACUGCAAAACAAAGAAGAUAUCGAUGGAUAUAGACCAAGAGUUCUUGCUCUCAAGUUCUUUGGUAUUAUGGAGAGCUGUAUCACAUUCUGCCAAGAUAUCAAAGCCCAUAACGUGCUGUUCCUGUAUCUGUUAUACCGCACAAGCAUUGUUUCAUCAAUUUUACAGGGACCCAAUGAUCCCAAUUUUUGGCCGCUUCACUCGGAGACCGUCUCAUUGGCUUGUUCCAUGGGUUUGAACACUAUUGCCGAUAUAUCAAUACAAGAUCCUCGCAUUUUGAAGCAGUCUGAACGCCGUCUCUUCACGGCCAUCUAUAUCUUAGAUAAGACUGCUGCUACUCUUGGGGGCAAACUGCCCCUGCUAGUAUCGGACCAUUGCUCUACGGCAUUGCCGCUGGAUAUCUGCAAUACCAUUCUCUUACGCUGGAGGCCUAGUCAAGGUGUAAAUCUUACCUCAUUGGGCGUUAAUGAUGAGGGAUGGAAUGUUGAUGGCAAAAUUUAUUCCACAACAACUCUUCGAGCCAGAGGAUUGAUCGCGCAUAUCCGAGAACAAGUUUUAAACCUUGCCUUGAACAAAAGGGCCAGAGAUCCACGAGAAUUGAUUACUUUGAGAUCACAGCAAGUCCAUAUUUUCAACGGCCUACCUAGCAGUCUACGGUUGGCCGACGUCGAUUUGAAGAUUAAAUUUCUUGAACCUCAUGUGCUAUAUACUAAGCUUUUUAUCCGGUUAGAGCAUCUUCAAAACCUCUUUCUCAUCGAAAAAUUACUACAAAAAACUCAGCCCAGCCAAAACUUUGAUGGUCUAGUACAGACUAGUCUGGAUAUUAUAUCAGUCACAGUUACAUUCUGGACUCGAAACGAUACUCUGUUAGGCAUGCAAGGUGACCAUGAGUGGUUCAUCAUAGGAUAUGCGCUACCAGCAGCUGUCGUUCUGUGUAGAUGCCUUAUUGAAACAGAAUCGCAUGGUUGUUUUACACCUUCAAUCUCUAGCAUCAUUCAUCAACUGAGCUUGCUCGGAGCCUUCUUGGAUUGGCUGCUGGUCAAGGUACCAUGUACUGAACACUGCUACAGGGCAAAAGAUCUCAUUUUAAGGGUGUUGGACCAAGCUCUCAAUCCCAAUUCUAAUAUGAUUGAUCGUUCCGCUACAGAUUCAACGGUGGAAAAAGUUUGUCUUGAUGAUUUGACGGAUAUAGACACUUUUAGCUGGCUUGUAUAACAUUUAUAUCUGUUUUCCAGCGGGGAACCACCUCAGUAAUUACUAAUAUGACGGAAAAUUCUCGUUCAUAUGGCAACUUUUCUGCUGACGAAUGAAUAGACAAGACAAUUGAGCAUAGUUGAUGGCGAACGGAAGCAAUGUCGACAACUGAGUCGAGACAUUACAAUGACUUCUUAUUAUCAUCAAUAUAUAGCAAUUAACACAUAAGUACGC